AUGGCAAAUAAACCUUUGGUAAUUCUUCUCUUCAUCUCCAUCUUCCUUCCACUGUGCUUUUCAACUCCAUUGCUCCAUGUUUCUCCAUUUGCAUUUCUCAACAAACUCCAAGGAUGCACGAAAGGUGAUAAUGUCAAAGGCAUAUCCAAUCUUAAGAACUUUUUCCAUCAUUACGGUUAUUUAAACCAUCAAAUCAAUGCCACUAGUCAUUUGAUUGACAUUGACGUUGAUGACACCUUUGACGAUCGUCUCGAGUCUGCUAUCAAAACCUACCAACAAUACUUCCAUCUAAACUCCACUGGAUCCCUGAAUGUCGAGACGAUAUCCCAACUUGCAAAACCUCGGUGUGGUAAUCCAGAUAUCAUCGACGAAACUGCCGAUCGAAUGUUAUUAGAACACAACAGUGAUAGUAGACAUGAUUACCAUCAUCUUCCCCACAUCGUUUCACACUUCACUUUCUUCUCAGGAAUGCGUAGGUGGCCAUCUACCAAAUACCACCUAACAUACGCAUUUCUUCCAGGCACUCGAGUGGAUGUGAAAGCCCCAGUGGCACGAGCAUUUGCAACUUGGGCUCGGUACACUCAUUUUAAGUUUUCUUUGGCUAAAAACUAUAGAAAAGCUAAUUUAAAGAUAGGGUUUUAUAGAGGGAACCAUGGAGAUGGGUAUUCAUUUGAUGGGCCAGGGAGGACUUUGGCACAUUCUUUUGCUCCAACUGAUGGGAGAUUUCAUUAUGAUUCAGCAGAAAAAUGGACAGUUGGGGCAGUGAGAGGUAGAUAUGAUAUGCAAACAGUGGCUUUGCAUGAGAUUGGACAUCUUCUUGGGCUAGGGCAUAGCAAAAUUAGAAAUAGUAUAAUGUAUCCUUAUAUAAAAUCUGGGGCUACUAAGGGUUUGAGUCUUGACGACAUUUUAGGAAUCAAGGUUUUAUACCAUAGACCCUAG